AUGGACCAAUCAAGGGAUCAAAAUAAAAUUCCGGAAAGAGAUUCUAAAGAAACACAGAUCUAUGCAUCAUCUGACAAAGAAUCUAUAAAAAAGAACCAAACAGAAACCCCAGAGUUUAAUAAUACAGUAGCAAUACUGAAAAGUUUAUUACAGGAGUUCAACGUAAAACCUCAUGAAGCAUUCCCCACCGGCUGCUCUGAAAAGCCACCUUUGCACCGUUCCUGUGGCCGCCUCCGCGCUCCUCACAGCCACUCCGGCAGCUUCUUUGCCAGAGUCCUCCAGCGCUCGCUUUGGAAAAAAAAAAUCCGCUGCAUCAGAUCACCGGCGUGUCCCACCGUGUCAGACACGGCCGUGGACACCGGCUCCGAGAGCGCCACCGAGGACUUGGAGGAGGCGGGGAACCGAGGAGAGGCGCCCGCGAACGGGAACGCUAACGAGGCGAAUGCGGAGCGGGAGGCCCACAAUGCGGUCGAUGAAGAGGAGGAGGAGGAGAAGGAGGAGGGUGACGGUGAGGAACAAGGCGGAGAUGAAGGUGAGGAGGCCGAGGCAGCUACGGGGAAACGGGCAGCUGAAGAUGACGAGGAUGACGAUGCUGACACCAAGAAGCAGAAAACCAACGAGAAUGACUAGACAGCAAAAAAGGAAAAGUUAAACUUAAAAAAAAAAAAGGCCGCCGUGACCUAUUCA